AUGGCAUUAUCUGAAUUCCAAAUACCACCUGAUGCCCAGCAUUAUUUGGUAUGUGGCACUGAAGAUUGUGAGAAGAACUGCCAGUUUUACUGCAAUGACUGUCACCAACCAAUGUGUGAACAAUGCAGAGAUGAGCAUAAAAAAAAUAAGGAAACCAAGAACCAUGAAGUUGCACAUUAUAAACAACGCAAACGUCAAAUUCCUGUAGAGAAAUGCAGGAUCCACCCAACAAAAGACAUAGAUCUUCUCUGUGAGGAAUGCCAGGUUCCCCUUUGUUCUAAAUGCACUGCCACAAAUGAACAUCGCGGCCAUGUUUUUACUGAUCUAGAAAUGGUCUUUGCUGAAAAGGUAUUGCAAUAUCAAGAAGAAAUUGACAAAAUUCGGAACUAUUUUGAGCCAAUUUCUCAAGACGUGAAAAAUGAGAUUGCUGGAGAUGUCACAGAAAUAAAGAAAAUCAUGGCCACUAUAAAAUCAUUCAUGACGGCUGAAGCUGAAGCUGUAAAAAGAGUGGUAGAUGCAGUCACAUUAGAUAAUAUAGAACAAAUCAACAAAAUAGAACGGUCUUUAUUAGACACAUUAAACGCCCAAAACCAAAUAAUAGAUGAUUACAUCAAAUAUCUCAAUGAUUUAAUCAAAAUGUUUUUUGGUUACCUAUCUCCUUCAAGCAUAGAAAAUUUAACAUUAUCUCUCCAAUCAAAAUGCCUGGUAAUUCGACCCGUGCCAGAGACAUCCAAACCAGUCCCACCCGUAUUUAGUUCUGGUCAAUACAGCAAAGAAGAUGUUGCCAAACUACUGGGUAGAAUAACCAUUCCUAAGACUAAACCAGAAAACAGAAAAAUAAAACCCAUGGAGAUUGCCGCUACACAGUUGAAACCUACUAGGAAACAGAGGAAACUAGACAGAGAAAAAUCUGGCGUGAAACAAAGACUGUCUCUGUCUUCCUCUGUCACCAAGGUCAGGGAGUACACAGUACCAGGUGUUGACAGUGUAUGCCAUGCAUCACUAGGUAAAUCAGGCAGACUCUGGGUCAGUGAUGAUAAUGGUAACCUUGUCCAAACCGAUCUACAGGGAAAUCAGCUACAGAAGAUACAAACCAGUGGUAGAGAUGAUGGCUACCAUACAAUCACACAGGACGGGGAUCUGAUCUAUACAGACCAAGAAAACAAAGUUAUCAAUAGGAUAACACAGGAUAAUACAAUUACUAAAAUCAUUAAAACAGGAGGCUGGAAACCACUCAGUAUACACUCCUCCCACAUCAACGGGGACAUACUGGUGGGGAUGAAUAAACGUAUGAAGGGUAAAGUCACCAGGUACAACAAGACAGGGACAGAAAUACAGAACAUACCGAGAAGCAACAAAGGACAGACCCUGUAUAGUGCUGUUCCAUGCUACAUCACAGAAAACAUCAAUGGUGAUGUCUGUGUAUCAGACUAUAAACACGCUGUAGUGGUGGUGGAUAAAUCAGGACAACACAGGUUCUCCUACACACGUCAGCGGUCAACGUUUGAACCCUAUGGAAUAUGUACGGAUGUACUCGGUCACAUCCUGGUGUGUGAUACUUACAAUGACACAGUUAAUAUUCUGGAUAAGGACGGUCAGUUCUUGUCUCUACUACUCACGCCACAACAAGAUGUAAAAUAUCCCUGUAGUUUGUGUGUGGAUUAUGAAAAUAAUCUUCUGGUGGGACAAUGUGAAACCAACACAGUGAAAGUGUACAAGUAUCUACAGUGAUUACUAUAUGUCCGUACAAUAAUUCGGUACUGUUUGUAUGUUGUGAGACAAUGUAACAAUAACACUAAGAUAGUGUACAAUUUCUGGUAUCUACAGUUUUCAUCGAAAUAUAUAUACAUUUAUGUAAUCAUGAGCAUGUUUAAUCGUACGUGUAAUAUUAAUUAAUGUAAUGA